AUGGGUUCAAAUAUAAAAAGACAUGCAUUGUUACUCCAACCUAUUGCUUCUUUUGAUCCAGUAGAGACUGAAGAUUUCUAUGAAGGUGAUACAAUAGAAGUAAAAAUAAAUAAGUUUGAUGUAAAACCAUCCUCAUUUAUCAUAUCAAAAGUACUCCUUGAAGUAUGUAAAGAAAUGAAUUUCCUUGUUUAUGAAUCAUCUUUUAAAAUAAUUAGUAACAAAAUUGGAACAGGAAUCAUAAAACCUAUUUUAAUUGGUAUGGAUACAAAUUUACAUUGUGAUGAUUGCACAUUAAUGGAUAUAAAAGAAAAAAAUAAUAGUUACAUUGAGUGGAUUGUUAAUCGGAAACGUAUUUUUGUACUAUUAUUAAUUAUCAUAAUAUCACUUGCUAAUAUAAUGAUGGGGUGUGAAAUUGAUCUCAAUAUUGUGUGGGAAACAAUAAAAAAACCUUAUGGUGUUAUAAUUGGUUUUGUUACACAAUUUUUACUUAUGCCUAUGAUUGCAAUAAUAAUAUCAUUAUCUGUAUUUUGGGAGGAAAAGUAUAGUUCAUUUGCACUUGGAUUAUUUAUCACGGCAUGUUCUCCUGGUGGUGGAGCUAGUAAUUAUUGGACAAUAUUAUUAAGUGGGAAUGCUAAUUUAAGUGUAACAAUGACAUUUUUUAGUAGUUUGGCUUCUUUAUUUAUGAUGCCUCUUUGGAUCAGUCAAUUUGAACAUUAUUUUUACCAUGAUUUUAACAAAAAUGAUGUAACAAUUAAGACACCAUUUGUUAAAAUUAUUACAUCAUUAUUAUCAAUGAUUAUUCCAUUACUUAUUGGUGUUUUAAUAUCAAAAAAAGCCCCAAAAUUUGGUGAAAAAAUACGUAAAGUAACAAAACCAUUUCUCAUGUUUGUACUUGUAUUUCUUAUUGUAUUUGGAUGUAUCUCCUCAACAUAUAUCUUUCACAUUAUAACAAUUCGAUCAGUAUUUGGAAGUUUUAUGUUACCAUUUGGUGGAUUUAUGUUUGGUUGUUUUAUGGCUAUAAUUACAAGACAACCACCUCCAAAUGUUACAGCUAUAGCUAUUGAAACAGGCGUACAAAAUACAGGAAUUGCCAUUCUUGUUCUAAAAGCAGCUUUUCGUUCCCCACAAAAUGAUAUUGCUUGCCUAAUUCCAAUAUUAGUGGCAUGUUGUACUCCUAUUCCAUUAACUGGCUGCUUUUUUAUUCAUGGAAUUUUAAAUAAAUUUAAAAAAUUUAGAGAAAAGAAAACAAACAUAAAAGUAGAAGAGUAUUCAUUACGUAAAGAUCGACUUCUGCAGGCUGAUGUUUGCUAG